UCAAGACCCUCCGCGCCGACGAUCCAUUCCAUCGCUUGAAGAGCUUAUUCGAAAGGCGCUGAGACCAUCACCUCUCGUUCGGGUCUCCAUCGCUGUUCAAGUCGCGUCGCUAUCAUGACCAUCCUCAACUCGUGCCUGCUCUGGCUCCUGCCCUUGCUGUCUGGUCUCGGCGCAUUCUGUCAGCAACCGAACGUGAUCGUUGCAGGAAUCGGAUCCAAUACUCCCUCAUCCCUGUUCCAUGCAAUCUCCGGUGUCUAUUCCAAUUAUGAUCCGGGUUGGGACUACAGCUAUACCAACGUCGGCUCCGGAGCAGCUCGAGCUGCUCUUGCGGCCGGUGCUCCGAACCUGACAUGGGCCGCCAUCGACGUGAUUCCCUCCAACGUUUCGUAUACGGGGCCAGGAAACACUCUCGGGUAUUUUGUUCCCGUCCCAGUUGCGGCAAGCUGCAUUGCCAUCGUAUAUCACCUCAACGUCACCAAUCUCACGCUGACUCGGCAGAACCUGGCCGACAUCUUCAGUGGCAAGAUUGCCUUCUGGAACGACACCCGCCUCACCCAGAACAACCCAAACCUCACCACGAUCACUGCGCGUAUCCAAACGAUCGUCAACAGUGGCGCCUCAGGACUGACGGCAAACUUCCUCUCGGCUUUGAACAAGUUCGAUCCCACCCUGAAUCUCACUGGGACGCGAUACUAUCCGCUUCCAACCUGGGGCCCUGCAAAUGCUCCUCUCUCUGGCUCAAGCGACAGCAUCCUGUCGGACGGCGUCCAAGUCGUACCGUUUUCGAUUGGGUAUGUCGAUUUGCCAUAUGUGAACGCCACCCUAUCUGGAAUGGCAUCCAGCUUCAAUCUGUACGGGAUCGCUAACAUCAUCAACAAGAACGGCGACACUGUCGCUCCAUCCGUGCAGACGAUGAAGGCUGCUCUUUCUUCCCCCAUCACGGCCAACAUCUCGGCCCUGCGACACAUCUCCAACGACAUCGGAAACGCCAUCCAGUCAAGCUACCUCGACUCGAGUGUCCCCAAUGCCUAUCCCCUCAUGGAACCGACCUUCUUCAUUCUGCGCCAAGACUCGCAGCUGUAUGGGGUCAGCGCCGCAGAGAUCCAAGCCACCCUGCGAUUCUUGUAUUGGAUCAUAUUCGGCGGCACCCAGACGACUCUCUCGACCGAGCCGAUCGCAUCGCCGUCCACCGCCACGUACUUCGACCAAUACAACUUUGUCCACUACACCGACCCGAACAUCCGCCAGUUCGCCUACGAUGCCUUCAUGCUGGUCACCCAGGGCGGCCAGUCUCUGUAUGACCCAGCCUCGCCCUGCAAUCCGUACUUUGACUCAAACAACAUCUAUGUCAGCGCCAGCUCUUGCAAGCACGGAUACUGCAUCGUCGACGGCCCCUUCCAGUCGUCGUCGAUAAUCGAGUGCAUCUGCGACGUCGGCUACUACAACAACCAGCAACUGGACUGCUCGGAGCCAUCGGCGCCAUUCAUGAUCCAUUUCAACAACCUGGACUCGGACAAUAUUGUGAUGCUGGUGUUGCUGAUUGUCACGGUGCUGAUCAAUACCGGGAUCUUGACGCUGAUUGUCCUGUGGAGGAAGAAGCCGGACAUACAGGCGAUCUCGCCCAACUGCUGCUAUGUGAUCAUGGCCGGCGCCUUGUUUGGCCAGGUUGCCGCACUCUUCUUCUCGGCCGAUCCGAGUCCCAUGGUCUGUGCCGGCCGCAUCUUCCUCCCGGUGAUUGCGUUUUCGUCCGUGUUCAGCAUGCUGCUCAUGAAGUCGAUCCGCAUCUACAUCAUCUUUGGAUACAAGCGCAUCCGCACCAUCAAGACCCCCGACUGGAAGCUCAUCCUCGCCUCUGCCAUGAUCGUCGGGAUCGAGAUUGUGGUCUGCGUCGCCUGGGUCGCCAUCGGCAGUCCCACCGCCGUGGUCGAGGGCAGCUUCUACGCCCUGGUGUGCGCUUCGGCUCACGGCUCCAUGGCCGCCCCCGAGAUCCUGAUCUAUGUCCUGAACGGAGCCAUCCUGAUUGGCUGUGUGGUGUUUGCAUAUCUGACCAGAGGCGCCCACGAGCGCUUCCAAGAGUCCAGGGUCAUCGGACUGUGCAGCUAUGUGGUGUCGAUGACGCUGCUGCUGUGUCUGCCGAUGGUGUAUGCGCUCUCGGAGGAGCUGAGCUCACAGGGCCUCUAUGUCGUCGGGAGGAUCAUUCUCUCGUGUCUGGUCAUCAUGGUCUCGUCCUUGAUCCCGAUCAUUCUCUUCAGCACAAGACUCCUCAAGGUGCUCCAGCACAAGCCAGUCGGGAACGACAACGAGAAGCAAACGCAGAGAUCGUCCCCGACUGCCACCAACCGGUCGUCCGUCACAAGCCAAGGCAUGGCCAGAGCCUCGAUCGUCGCCUAUGCUUACGACUGCGGCCUGCAGGGCCUCAAGUUUGGAGGCGCCUGGGUGUCGUCGACGGUCCUGGUCUUCACCAACCUGGAUCUGAUCGAGAUGCGGGAGGCCGACAUGGACGGGACCAUCCAGGCCAGCUUCCGCUUCUCAUCGUGCGAGUGCGAGCUCUGCGACCCCGAGAGCGACCCCGAUGCAGAGAAGGUCCUGGCUCGAAGUGUCCGGGUCCGCCGCAACAAGGUGACGUAUACACUCGAGUUUGGGUCAAAGGACACCGCCGGCUCGUUCAUGGCCAACUAUGCCGACGUCAAGGCAAAGGCCGGCACUGCCGCCGUGAAGGGUGUCGGCGGAAUCAGCGGCCUUGGAGGAGCCGCAAAGCGAGACAAGACCGUCUUUGGGCUGCUCGAGGCAAGCGUCACCGGCACCAAUGAACCCAGAGAUCGCAAAUCAGCGAACGACCAGUCGGAGUGAUCAAUGGGCACCGAGCUUGAUGGAUCGGAUGCGGGCCAUCCUCAAGCACCACAUGGCCGAACUGGCAGG